AUGUCUCCUGACUGGUCCCCGCCCUCUCACCCAUACACCCUGAUUGGCAGCAUCAUCAGUCAGGUGACGGGGAACGAUGUAGACUCGGGCCCCGCCCUGUCGUACUCUCUGCAGCUGGAGCCCGAGGCCCAGGGGCUGUUCUCCAUCCAGCGUUAUGGGGGGGCCCUCUCUCUGACCGGGGCCCUGGACUUCGAGAGCCGCUCCUGCUACACUCUGAUCAUUCGCUCGUCCGACUCCCGGCACCAGAACGAGGCCAACCUCACUCUGAUGGUCCAGGACGUCAACGACAACCGGCCCCAGUUCACCCAGCACCUGUACCAGGUACGACAGCACCUGUACCAGGUACGAUAG